AUGUCUCAAUCUGGCAUAAGUGUACCCGCAGAGGUCACAGACGCCUUGAAAAAGCUGGGCAAGCCAUACAAGUACAUCAUCUUCAAGAUCUCUGAUGACCAGAAGACGAUUGAAGUCGAGGACGCUUCCGAAGAGCAGGACUGGGAAUCCUUCCGGGAGAAGCUGUUCAAAGCCACCUUUACCAAAAAGGGGGUUGUCGGGCCCGGCUGUCGCUAUGCCGUUUACGACUUUGAGCCCGAGGUACCAGCUGGUCGAACACCGGUGAGGAAGAAGACCUUUAUCAUGUGGUCUCACCCCAACGCAUCCCCAUGGGCCAAUGUACCGUACGCUUCCUCCAUGCCGGCAAUGAAGGCUGCCACCUCUGGCUUCCACGAGGUCGAGGCCAACGAUUUCGAAGAACUCGAGUACGAGACCGUCGCCAAGGAGAUAAUCAGGCGCUACAGCCGUUAA